GCCGAGAGCCGGAGAGUUGCGCCAGUCACACUUGGAGAAGAGCUAACGGGACAGCGCUGCAGGCCAAUCGCAGUCAGUCCUCUGGAGGCCGGAGACUGGGGUGGAGAUUCGGAGACUGCAGUUGCAGAUGCAAAAGCCAAAGCCUCAGAGAGCCUCAGUAGGAGUCACUAUUCUAAGAACAGGUGGAAUUGGCUAUGGAUAAUUCAUAUGAUUUCAAUCGACGAAACUCAUGUAAUGGAAUUCCAUCUGAGAAGAAAAACAACUUCCUUGUGUCAGAAGAUCAUGGACAGAAAGUCUUAAGUGUACUGCAGAAUUUUAGAGAACAAAAUGUCUUUUAUGAUUUCAAAAUAAUCAUGAAAGAUGAAAUAAUCCCAUGUCAUCGUUGUGUGUUAGCAGCAUGCAGUGACUUUUUCAGGGCUAUGUUUGAAGUGAACAUGAAAGAAAGAGAUGGUGGAAGUGUUACCAUUACUAAUUUGUCCUCCAAAGCAGUUAAAGCGUUUCUUGAUUAUGCCUAUACUGGAAAAACAAAGAUAACAGAUGAUAAUGUGGAAAUGUUCUUCCAGUUGGCAUCGUUUCUCCAAGUUUCCUUCCUAUCCAAGGCCUGCAGUGACUUUUUAAUAAAAAGUAUUAAUCUUGUCAAUUGUUUACAGUUAUUAUCUAUAUCAGAUAGCUAUGGCUCUACUCGUUUGUUUAAUCAUGCAUUAUACUUUGUACAACAUCACUUUUAUUUAGUAUUUAAAUCCAGUGAUUUCUUAGAGAUGAACUUUGGAGUACUGCAAAAAUGUCUGGAAUCAGAUGAAUUAAAUGUUCCUGAAGAAGAAACCGUGCUGAAAGUUGUCCUUAGUUGGACUAAACAUAACUUAGAAUCAAGGCAAAAGCAUCUGCCUCAUUUGAUUAAAAAAGUAAGAUUACAUCAAUUAUCUGAGGAGACACUUCAAGACUGUCUGCUCAGUGAAGAGUGUUUACUCAAAAGCACAGACUGUUUUGACAUAAUCAUGGAUGCAGUUAAGCGUGUGCAAGGUUCUGGUGGACUUUUCCCUGAUGCUCGACCAUCCACAACUGAAAAAUAUAUAUUUGUUCACAAAACUGAGGAAAAUGGAGAAAGUCAAUAUACAUUUUGCUAUAAUAUUAAAACUGAUUCAUGGAAGGUACUGUCACAAUCACACCUGAUUGACUUGCCAGGAUCUAGUCUGUCUAGUUAUGGAGAGAAAAUAUUCUUGACAGGUGGUUGCAAAGGGACAUGUUGUAGAACCGUUAGGCUCCAUAUCGCAGAGUCCUAUCAUGAUGCCACUGAUCAAACCUGGUGCUACUGUCCAGUCAAAAAUGAUUUCUUCUUGGUAUCGACUAUGAAAACACCAAGAACCAUGCAUACAUCAGUUAUGGCUCUCAAUAGAUUAUUUGUCAUAGGUGGAAAGACUAGAGGAUCUCAGGACAUUAGAAGUCUCUUAGAUGUUGAAUCUUACAACCCUCUUUCCAAAGAAUGGAUAUCUGUUAGCCCAUUACCCAGAGGCAUAUACUAUCCUGAAGCAAGUGCAUGCCAAAACGUAAUUUAUGUCCUUGGAUCAGAAGUAGAGAUUACAGAUGCCUUUAACCCAUCACUUGAUUGCUUUUUUAAAUACAAUGCUACGACUGAUCAGUGGUCUGAACUAGUAGCAGAGUUUGGGCAGUUUUUUCAUGCAACGCUAAUUAAAGCUGUCCCAGUAAACUGCACACUGUAUAUAUGUGACCUUUCCACCUAUAAGGUUUAUAGUUUUUGUCCAGAUACUUGUGUUUGGAAGGGUGAAGGAUCUUUUGAAUGUGCAGGCUUUAAUGCAGGUGCAGUUGGAAUUGAAGAUAAAAUUUAUAUAUUAGGUGGUGAUUAUGCACCAGAUGAAAUCACAGAUGAAGUGCAGGUCUACCACAGCAGCAGGUCUGAGUGGGAAGAAGUUGCACCCAUGCCAAGAGCCUUAACUGAAUUUUACUGCCAGGUGAUUCAGUUUAACAAAUACAGGGACCCAUGGUUUUCUAAUCAUUUCUAAAACUAGUGGGUGCUUAGACAUUCUAACGCUAUUCCAGUUCUAGAAACCUACAGGAAAUAUGUCAACCUUAAUAGUUGAUAAAAAGGUCUUCACAUCUUAAUAAAAUAAAACGUUCCUUCUAUUAGAGAAUUACUAUGAAUGUACACCGUAUAUGAAUUAGCAGUUCCCAGAAACUUAAAAUACAAAAUACGUUUUACCAAAAAUUAUAUUGAAUAUAAUUUAAUCUUAGAGAUCCAGAAUAUUUAGUAUUUCAUAUGUAAAUAAAACCCAUAGGCUUUGAUGUUUUGAUUUUUAAAGUACUAUAUCCAUGAAAGGCUAAUGAAAACAAAGUUCACAGAUUUAUACUAUUUAGAUGGGAGAGAUCUCUUUAGGUAAUAAAAAUGAAUUAUUUACACUAUAUUAUAUGAAGUGAAAAGUAAAUUAGAAAAAGGUGAGAAUCCUACCUUGUUACUACAGGUAUAAGUGUUGUUGAACUUCUAUUCUUUCUGAUCAUUGGUUAGCUUCUUUUAAGCCUUCUUUUUCUUUCACUGUUUUUUUGGUCAGAAGUUUUUCUAAAAUGCAAUGUAUUACCCCAGCCUUUUAAAUUGUACAGUAAACAUGGCUUAACUAUUUUUACUCUUCAUUAAGAACAUAAUGUACCAUGUUAUAAUGCCAUAAUGCCAUCAGCAGUUACUGAAAUGCUUCUGAAAUUGCUGAUUCCAUUAGUUCUCAGUGUUGGUUGGUUUGAAUUUCUAGCAGUAUCAUAUUUUUAUUUUCUAACUCAAGCUCAGUAAAUUAACAUUCUUGAUUAAAUUAGUAGUUCUAUGUUAACACCUGAUCUAAGUUUAUCUUAACAUGAAACCCAUUGAAUGAUGUUCUUGGAUUCUGUGAUGAUAGUCCUAAAAUCCUUUUUCUGUUAUCAUUGCCAGGUUUCAACAUAAUUGAGGAUGUAGAAAAUCUGACCUCUAGAUAAGUAGAUCAUUAUUGUUGCAUUUCCUAACCUCUUAAAUGUCCAAAUUUGAGUUACAAUAAGAAAUUUCAGGGUUUAAAUUAGUACCAUGUCAGUUUUCUGUGAUGAUAUAUACCAACUGUAAAGCACUGUGUGUUGGUUUACUACUUCAGUAAAUUAUUCAUAGUGAAUUAUUUUCUAAAUUCAAAAAAAUGCUUGGGCUUUUGGUAUACAUAGUAGUAUUCACAACCUGCAUUUGUUUAAAUGUUUAAUCAUCUUUAACCCAAACAGUGGAAGAGUAUCAAUUAUCCUUGUUCUCAGGAUGAUUCUGCCUUGCAAGAGGGUAUGUUUCUUUAAUUGGUUUAAAAGAUAUAAGCAUUUUAGGUUUUAAGACCCCUGCUUUACAUCUCAGGUAAUGUAUAGAUUGGAUUUCUCUAGAAUCAAAUGUAGUUUCCCACACUCUGCAAAUAUUAAUCUGUUGUAACUGUACAUAUUUUUUAGAAGUGUGUUCCUGUAAGUAUGGAAAUAUACUUAAAUGAAGGUCCUUUUAUUUUACCAUAUAAAUUUAUGCAAUCAUAUGUUUCAAAUAUAUUUUUCAAAAUACAAUAGGAUAAUAGACUACAUUAUCAUGCAAUUCCAAAAUCAGGGACUGUCCCUAAUCAGAUGACAGUUACAUAAAAAGUAUUCUGUAGACCUGGUGGCCUUCCUCCCUACCUA